UAUUUUUUGUUUUGUUACUGCCGGAUAAGUUAACAUUUUACGACAUAUUUGGAUUAUUUGUGCCAAUAUAAAAGUUGUAAACAAUAAUCUGACGUUCAAACCAACUAUUAAAUAAAUAAUUAUGUCGGCAGUUUAAGUAUAUUACUGAAUUAUAAUGACUUUAGCACAUCGUGCAUUGUUUACUUGGUUCAUUGUGCUUGUCUUCCUCAUCUUGUUAUGUCUACGCUUGGAUCCACGAACGCAUUGGAGUUGGUUUGUUACCUUCAUUCCGUUAUGGGUAUUCGACGGAAUAUUAAUAAUUUACGUGGUUAUUAAGAUUAUACGCAAAUGGAGAAAUUUAAAACGACUCAAAGAGUUGCUUAUCUAUUACCAGUGGUACAUUUGUGGUGUGCUGUUGAAGAUCGCUUCACAGCUAAUGAUCUGUCUUCGUUUAGAAUAUCCGCAAUGGGAGAUAUCAAUAUUUGUAACAAUGAUACCUAUAUGGAUUUUGCUUUCUGCAUCAAUUGUUUACGUAUUUGGGAGACUAAACAAAAUUGAAUCUUGGUGAAAAACAAUAGAUUUAUUUUUUUUUUUUUAAUUAUAUAUUUAAAAAUGUAAAUUUAUAUAUGUAUUUACUAAAUAUAGGUAAGAAUAAAAGAACACACACUAAAAGCCGUA